UUGAUCCUCCCGGCAUCCGUCGGAGUCGCGCCUCCAUAUCCGCGCACCCGGAAACUGAGCACGGCAACAAAAGCAGCGCUUUCUGCAGGGAACAAACAUCCUCAGCAUCAUGUCGGAUAAAAGUGAGCUGAAAGCUGAGCUUGAGCGGAAGAAACAGCGAUUGGCUCAGAUUCGAGAGGAGAAGAAGAGAAAGGAGGAGGAACGCAAGAAAAAAGAGGCUGAGCUGAAGAAGGAUGCCGUCCCACUGCAGGAUGAUUCAGACCUGGAGAAGAAGCGCAGAGAGGCCGACGCUCUCCUGCAGAGUAUGGGCAUCACUUCAGAUGUGUCUGCGGCUCCUGCACCCAUGUCACCCACCGCCAAGUCUCUGGGCAGUCCAAGUGAGGCAGGGAGCCAAGACUCGGGAGACGGGACCACCGGACCACGGACUCUGCACUGGGACUGUGACCCGUCCACUGUUCUUCUUCACUCUGAGCUCGGACGUGGCCCUCUGAAGUUGGCCAUGACAAAGUUGACCCAUGUGGAUUACCCACCAAAAGAGGUGGUGUCCUACACCAAAGAGACACAGACGCCCACUAUGACCGAGCCGAAGGAUGAGGAAGAUGAAGAGGAAGAGACUCCAGCAGCACAGCCAGAAGCUGAGACAGAGAAGGAGAAACUAGUGGAGAAACAAGUGGAGGAAGCGCUGCCUCAUGAGCUGACAGAGGAGGAGAAGUUGCAGAUUCUGCACUCGGAGGAGUUCAUGGACUUUUUCGAUCACAGCACACGCAUCGUGGAGCGCGCUCUGUCCGAACACGUGGAUGUUUUCUUCGACUACAGCGGCCGUGACAUGGAGGAGAAGGAGGGUGAGAUGCAGGCUGGGACAAAACUGUCUCUGAAUAGAAAGUUUGUUGAUGAUCGCUGGUCCAAACAGCGAGUGGUGACCUGCCUGGAUUGGUCCCCACAGUAUCCAGAGUUGCUGGUUGCCUCUUACAACAACAACGAGGAAGCUCCGCAUGAGCCUGAUGGAGUGGCUUUGGUCUGGAACAUGAAGUACAAGAAGGCCACACCGGAAUAUGUCUUCCACUGUCAGUCUGCAGUCAUGUCUGCAGCGUUUGCAAAGUUUCAUCCCAAUCUGGUUGUCGGUGGCACUUACUCAGGACAGAUCGUCCUGUGGGACAACAGAAGCAACAGACGCACUCCUGUCCAGAGGACGCCUCUCUCUGCUGCGGCUCACACGCACCCAGUGUACUGUGUGAAUGUGGUUGGCACCCAGAACGCUCAUAACCUCAUCAGCAUCUCUACUGAUGGAAAGAUGUGCUCCUGGAGUCUGGACAUGCUGUCUCAACCACAGGACAGUAUGGAGCUGGUGUUUAAGCAGUCUAAAUCAGUUGCGGUCACCUCCAUGUCCUUCCCUCUGGGGGAUGUUAAUAACUUUGUGGUGGGAAGUGAGGAUGGAUCCGUAUACACAGCCAGUCGACAUGGCAGUCGUGCAGGGAUCAGUGAGAUGUUCGAAGGUCAUCAUGGUCCAAUCACAGGCAUUCACUGUCACACAGCGGCUGGACCAGUGGAUUUCUCCCAUCUCUUCCUCACCGCCUCAUUUGAUUGGACGGUGAAACUCUGGAGCAACAAGAAUAAUAAGCCGCUGUACUCGUUCGAGGAUAACUCCGAUUAUGUUUAUGAUGUGAUGUGGUCUCCGGUGCAUCCGGCUCUCUUCGCAUGUGUGGACGGACUGGGACGCGUCGACCUGUGGAACCUCAACAACGACACUGAGGUGCCCACUGCCAGCGUGGCUGUAGAUGGCAGUCCAGCUCUGAACAGGCUGCGCUGGUCUCAGGCGGGCCGAGAGAUCGCAGUGGGCGACUCUGAGGGGCAGAUCCACAUUUACGACGUCGGCGAGCAAAUCGCAGUCCCACGAAAUGACGAAUGGACCCGCUUUGUGCGGACGCUGGUGGAGAUCAAUGAGAACCGUGACGAUGCGGAGGAGCUGGCUGCACAACGCCUCGCCGCUUGAUCAGAAAGCUGUAAUCAUCUCUCUCUUUUUGGAAAUGAAAUGAUUUGUGCGUGCAAA